AUGUCAAAGUUGAAUCCCUCUAAUGAGCCCUCUGGCUCGGGCGAAGAUUUCCACAUCUCUGCGAAAGAUGAAAAGCCCACAUUUCACACCGCGAACGUGCCAGUGCACGAGGCCGAUAAUAUUGCCGGCGAAUUUGAAGAAAUCAGUCAUUUGAAACAAGGUCUUCAUCAGAGACACAUCCAGAUGAUUGCCUUGGCCGGCACUGUUGGAACGGGUCUCUUCCUCAGCUCUGGCAAAGCGAUUGCUCAUUCUGGUCCCCUUGGUGCAUUCCUUGGAUACCUAAUCAUGGGCUGCGUGGCCGGCGCUGUCACACUAGCGGUAGGUGAGAUGGGUACACUUAUGCCUCUUAAUGGGGGCAUUAUCCGCUAUGCGGAACAUUUUAUUGAUCCGGCGUUGGCGUUUGCCAACGGUUAUAAUGUGGCAUAUUCUUAUCUGGUGUCUAUUCCCGCCGAGAUCGUCGCUGCAGCCGUGCUGGUGCAGUAUUGGUCCGACCUAAGCAGCGCUAUUUGGAUCACCAUAUUUGGAGUACUUAUGUUGUUUACUGCGUUGGUCUUCGUAAGACUUUAUGGAGAGCUGGAGUUCGCAUUCUCAAUCAUGAAGAUUCUGCUCAUUAUUGGAAUCAAUAUCAUGGCCCUGGUGAUUACCUGUGGUGGUGGCCCUCGUCAUGAAUCCAUUGGGUUUAGAUACUGGCGGGAUCCUGGCCCAUUGGUGCAGUACCUUGGUAUUAGUGGCUCUCUCGGGCGAUUCCUUGGUGUUUGGACAUCCAUGAACAAUGCCCUCUAUGCCUAUUCUGGCAUUGAAACAAUCACCGUUGCCGCCGGGGAAACAAAAUCCCCGAGAAGGGCUAUUCCACAGGCGGCCAAGAGAAUCUUUCUUCGUAUCUUGGUAUUUUAUGUCAUUUCAAUUUUCAUGGUCGGCCUUGUGGUAUCUUCCAACGACCCUGAGCUUACAACUUCUAAUGGUACUGCAUCUACAUCUCCCUUUGUUCUCGCAGCUACUCGAGCAGGAAUAAAGGUGGUCCCAUCAAUCAUCAAUGCCGUUGUUAUUACCUCGGCCUGGUCCUCUGGCAACUCAAACAUCCUUGGAGGAUCGAGAGUGCUGGCGGGACUGGCUGUUAACGGUCAUGCUCCGAAGGUCUUUGCUCGACUGAACAGAUUCUCUGUUCCGUGGGUUGCAAUCUCCUUUUAUGGUAUUUUCAUGUGUCUAGGCUAUAUGUCGCUGUCAUCGAGCGCCAACACAGUGUUUGACUGGCUGCAGGACCUUGUCUCUAUCACCACUCUAACCAAUUGGAUCACUAUUCUGAUCACAUACCUACGGUUUUACUAUGGAUGCAAAAAGCAAGGAAUCUCAAGAUCAUCCCUACCAUGGGCCACUGCAUUCCAGCCAUACAUCUCCUGGGCCUCUCUGGCCAUGCUCAGCAUUCUUCUCAUCACGGGUGGUUACUCGACUUUCAUCAAAGGACAAUGGAGUAACGAAACAUUCGUUUCUUCCUAUAUCAACAUCCCUCUUUUCUUGAUCUUGUACUUCAGUUACAAGUACAUUCGCAAGACGAAGAUUGUUCCUCUGGAGGAUAUUCCGAUUCAGCCAUUCAUCGAUAUUGCCAACCGUAAUCCCGAGCCGCUACCGAAGCCAUUAGUCGGUCUCAACAAACUACAAUUUUUAUGGAAUUAA